CUUUAUCGACGCUCCAGAUCAAGUCAACGGAAGCGAAGUCAAGUCAAGUGCUCCAAUACUAGAACAUGGUAGAUGCAUAGUACACAUCGGAUACACUGAGAGAAGGAACAAAGCAUGAGGCAGACACUACGAUCUCUCAAAAGGCCCGACAAGCAACAUGCUGUGCGAACAGAUGGCUUGGCUACGAUGGAGUCUUCUACACCAGGCUCGCUCGACAAGGUAGCAGCUCAUACUGGUGAUCCUGUCGAAGCACUAGCCUUGGCGAUACUCGAUCACCCAGCACAUCCUAUGCACUGGUCAACAUUCAAGAAAUGGAUCAUCAUCGUCAUCUAUUGUCUCUUGCAGCUUUUUAUUGCCAUGACUUCGACAUCGUACGUCAGCGUCGUUUACUUGAUCCAGGAACGCUUCGGCACAUCUCUCCAGGUGACGACACUGGGCCAGUCGCUAUUCAUUGUAGGCAAUGCGGUGGGCCCAUUGUUCUUGGGCCCUCUGUCGGACAUUGCUGGCAGAAAGUGGGUGUAUGUUGGGUCGAUCCUCCUCUUCAGCAUCCUCAAUAUUGGCCUCGCACUCGCGCUCAACUUUCCCAUGAUGGCUAUUUUCAUGUUUCUUAUCGGUGCUGCCGGCUCAACAGCCCUCUGCAAUGUCGCAGGGUCCAUUGCGGAUCUGUAUGGCGAUGCCAACAACUCUGGUCAAGCUAUGGCGCUCUUCGUCUUCACUUCAGGUGCUGGCCCAAGUUUGGGUAGUCCAGUAGGAGAGUGGGUUGCUUUGAACCCAAGGAUGGGCCUCAACUGGCUGUUCUGGCUCAAUGUAAUCAUCGGAGGCGCUUUUGCCCUGGGCAUGAUCUUUGUGCCUGAGACCCUUCCCCGGGUCGUCAUUGAGCGUGCAGAUCGCAAACAGAACCAUGCGUUGUCGAAAAGCACAUCCGCCGUCUUGCAGAUUAGAAACGUUUCUGUCGUAUCUGAGAUUCGCUUCGUCGCAACAACGGCACUCCGCAUCUUCUUCACGGAACCUAUUGUCGCGAGUUUUGGUAUCUACAAUGGCUUUGCUUACGGACUACUCUUUCUUUACUUGACGGGCGUCUUCCCAGUCUUUACGGAAAACAACGGUCUUUCCUAUAUUGACGCAAGUCUGACUUACCUCAACUUUGCAGUGGGAGCAGCCGUUAUGUUCUGUAUUGUUCCCAUCCAGACGUGGCUGUACAAGCGCGACAAGCAACGCAAUGGUGGUACUGGCAGACCCGAAGCUAGACUGCUCCUCAAUCUUGUGACGAUUUGGCUAUUCCCAGGUGCACUGUUUUGGUUUGCGUUUACCUCUAGUGGCAACGUCAACUACUGGUCGCCUAUCGUCGCUGGUGCUGUGGCAGGCACAUCCAACACCAUGCUCUAUCUUUCCAUUCUGACGUACCUCUCUGAUGCUUACCCAAGUGUAAUUGCUUCAGCCAUCGCAGCUCUCUUACUGCCGAGUUUCCUCAUUGCUGCAGGGCUCGCGCAUGUUGGACUUGUCAUGUUUGAGAAUCUCGGCACACGCACUGCUUUCAUCAUCCUGGCGGGUGUAAGCUGCGGUCUGGUCAUUUUGACUUAUACAAUCUACUUCUUUGGUCCAUGGCUUAGACGGAGAUCGAAGCUAGCACGAGUCUUUUGAUAUCUUCUUUUGUAAUAUGUACACUUCUUUAUAUUCUAGGGCAAAUCUCAAAUUUCAUCAUAAUACAAC